GAUCGUCAAUAUACUAACAAUCCAGAUUUCUGUAUCGUGUACCUAAAUAUAUCAGUUCCUGAUCAUCGAUUGCAAACAUGGCUUCCGCCGCACCAAAGAAGCGUCUUCAACAGCUGAGCGAGCACCUCGUGAACCGACCGAGGAGCAUCGGCAACUCAUUCGAAGACCUUCCCAAUAUCCCUAUGGUAGCAGGAGAUUCGAUUGGACCGCGAGCAAAGGGCAAAGUCGUCAUCAUUACUGGCUGCAACUCACCUCUGGGUAUCGGACGAGCGUCAGCCCACCACUUCGCCAACAACGGUGCCAAAGCCAUUUACAUUUGCGACCUGAACACCGAGCACCUCGACAAGCACAAGCGUGAGAUUGAGCAGAAGUAUCCCGGAACGGAAGUUCAUCCUAGGCAGGUCGACGCAGGAGAGGAGAGCGAUGUUGCAAAGGUUGUGGACGAUGCGUUGGAGAAGUACGGACAGCUGGAUGUCUUCUUCGCAAACGCCGGCAUCAGCGUGACCAUGGGCAGCGUCCUCGACGGCUCAGCUCAAGACUUCAUGCAGGUGAUGAAGAUCAACUCUCUCAGUGUCUUCCUCGCCGUCAAGCACGGCGCUCGCGGCAUGCUCAAAACCUCCGCCACAAAAAAGUACCCCGGCGGCUCCAUCGUCUCCGUCGCCUCCUCGGCCGGUAUGCGCUCCAACGCCGGCGCGACCGACUACUCCGCCUCCAAAGCAGCCGUCAUCUCCAUCAUGCAGACUUCCGCCUACCAACUCUCGGGAACCGGAAUCCGCUGCAACGCCAUCUGUCCCGGAAUCAUUGAGACAGGCAUGACGGCGCCGAUGUACGAGAUGGCGCGUGCGAGGGGUUCAGAGAGCAAGAUUGGGCAGUUGAACCCGUUGAUGAGAGGAGGUGUUGCAGAUGAGGUCGCCCGCGUGGCGUUGUUUUUGGGGAGUGAGGAGGCGAGUUAUGUUAAUGGGCAGGCGUGGGCCGUAUGCGGCGGUUUGACCGCCGGUCAUCCGUUUGUGCCGGGGAAGAUUGCUUGA